UGGUUGUUAUUGUGGGUGUCUACUUCCUUCAAAACUAAAACUAACGAACAUUUGCAACGACCGCACAGAGGGCGCAGAAAUUUCUUCUUGGUGGCGUCAAUUUGGAAGAUGAACAAAUAUACGUUUCUAUGUGUCCUGUGCAUUUUGUGUAUAGUUCGUUCAGCUACAACUUCCAAAGCAGAGCAGAGUUCCCAAGACAUAACCAUCAAAUUGCGCACCAAAAGGCAGAGUUGUCAAGAUGGCAAUUACCAAUAUGAAAACAAGACAUGCUGUCUCUGUGCUGCUGGCCAUCAUCUGGACAGCCACUGUAGUGUGAACUCAGACGAUGGGACCUGUAUUCUCUGUGAGCUAGGCAGAACCUACAACAGUUACCCGAACUUCCUGGACUCUUGUGAGCCCUGCACAUCUUGCAACCCUAAAGCCAAUCUGGAGGUGGAGGACAAAUGUACCAUCAUCAGGGACACAGUGUGUCGAUGCCAGCAGGGCCACUACUGUGACAAGGGGAAGGUGCACUGCAGGGCCUGCUACCCAUGUACCAUAUGUGGGGAUGAAGGUACCAAGGUUGCCUGUACCACCACCAACAACACCAUAUGCCAUGACGACCAAAAACAAGGAGGAGGAAGAACUCAUGCAGCAGUACUUGGCUCGGUUAUGGUUAUUGCAGUUUUUCUUAUUUUUUGCUGUCUGAGGCGAACAAAUAAACCUUGUUCUGGGAAAAAGCUCGGGCAAAAUGAUGGUUUGACCGAAAUGCCCAACCAGAAUUUAGAGGUAGCUGAGGAAAUGCAGCCACUGAGGGGUAUUGACCUCUGGCCACAUCUCCCAGAUAUCGCUAAGACCUUGGGGUGGAAGGACAUGAAACAGGUGGCCGAGCGCAGUGGGAUGACUAUUGCCACCAUAGAAUCCCACCAGCUAAACUAUCCCAAUGACUCCGAGGAGCAGUGUUCCAGCCUACUUAGGGCCUGGGUGGAGAAGAAGGGGAUGACCACAGCCUCUGAGACACUGAUCCAUACUCUACAACGCAUGAAUAAAAAUGCCAAGGCAAAUAAUAUCAUGGCUAUCAUCAGCAACAAGGAAAACAUAGUUUCGAACUCCGGGGUAGAACAAGUGUAGAUACCGUACGGUCAGUGGUACUGUCCAUGCCAGUACUAAGUACCUAUGUGCAAAUAGUUUGUUGAAUUACCUGUUUGUUGCAUUAUAAAAUAUAUAUUUAUAUACAGUUGAAGUUGAAAGUUUACAUACACCAUAGCCAAAUACAUUUAAACAAAUUUUUUCACAAUUCCUGACAUUUAAUCAUAGUAAACAUUCCCUGUUUUCGGUCA